AGUUAACAUCUCGGGGAGUUUCCUCGGCUGGGAAGUUGUACUUUAUGUAUAGCACCUGUUGUGCGGUCAGUUGGCAGUCUCCAAAACCCAACCCCGGGAGCGCACUGAUAUUUUAUCUCAGUCUCCACUAAGUUAUGACUCAAGACUUCUCCAGACAACAGAACUCGCGAAUACUUUCUCGAUAAAGACUGUAUCAGGUUGCUGGACUCUUUACGCUGUCUCUGUGUGCGUCCGUUUUGCGUAAUGCGUAAAGCUUCCAGAGGAUUUAUGCAGACGGAGUCAAGGACGCACCGUGCACGCGCGCUUUAGCCAAGAUGCGUAAGUGCGUUUCUAAUACCCAUAGAUAAUACACCACGCAUAAGUACGCUUUUACAUGCAAAUUCCAGGAUUAGAACCGCUUAAAGCCAAACUUUUGGUGAACUUAUCCAACUUUUUUUUUUUUUUUUUUUUUUUUUUCACUGAACUAACAGGUGCGCACUUGCAUUACGCAGCAGUGCCAGGUCUGGAAAGGAUUUGACUUGAUUAAGGGAGACGUAAAUUUCGCUUUCUCCAAAAAGGGAUUGAUGAUUAAGAUUAUGUGGAUUCUACUCUGCCUGUAUCCUCUCCAAAUGUGUCCAAAACAGCACUGGUGUCCUGUAAACGACGCAUGUGUGUGGUGAUCCAAACCAUCCCCUGUCUACAGCGCUUUGUGAUCGCCAAACACCACUUAUCCAAAUGAUCCUUCCAUUAUUACUCCUUCUUGCAUCGCUUCUCCAACAAUAUGGCUCGAAAGCUGAAACAAGUCAUGUCAGCAAGUUUCACCUUCCAACUAUAAAGGAGCAAAACGGAGUACAAGAUUCCCAGCUGGAGAAGAUUCUAACAGUAUCUGGAGAGGGAAUGGUUACCAGCCCAGACUUCCCACACACAUAUCCCAGGAAUACAGCGUUAGUCUGGAGACUAGUGGCGACCGGCAACAUGAGGAUCCAGCUCACCUUCGACGAGAAAUUUGGUCUGGAGGAUCCUGAGGAUGGAAUAUGCAAGUAUGACUUUGUGGAGAUUGAGGAUCCCACUGAGAAGGCCGUGCUGGGUCGCUGGUGUGGCUCCCAGUCUGUACCAGCCACUCACGUUUCCAAGGGGAGUCAGAUCAGAAUCCGUUUCAUCUCUGACGAGUACUUCCCCUCAGAGCCUGGAUUCUGCAUCCGCUACUCCCUUCUGCCAGUGAGCGUAUCAGAACCUGAAGUUCCUGCAGUGCCUCCUCCUUCCCUGCAGGGAAUUGAAGAGUUGUCAGAGGCUGUGGCGGCGCUGGGCACAGUGGAGGAGGUCAUGAAGUACCUGGAGCCGGAGCGAUGGCAGCUGGACAUGGAGGAGCUCUACAAACCCACAUGGCACAUCCUGGGGAAGUCCUUCAUCCAUAAUAAGAAAGCCAGAGGAGGAGCUGAUCUCAAUCUGUUGAGGGAGGAAGUGCGACUGUACAGCUGCACACCACGGAACUUCUCGGUGUCCUUGCGUGAGGAGUUAAAGAGGACAGAUGCCAUUUUCUGGCCCAGCUGCCUCCUGGUGAAGCGCUGUGGUGGAAACUGUGCCUGCUGCUCUCACCGCUGCUACGACUGUCAGUGUGUCCCUGCGAGGGUCACCAAGAAAUACCAUGAGGUUCUACUGCUGAAACAUCGAAGCGGUGGACGAGGCCUGCAGAAGUCGAUGACUGAUGUGCCCUUGGAGCACCAUGAGGAGUGUGUUUGUGAGUGUAAGGAUGACUGGGACUGACCUAAGACAUGUUUAAUAGCUGUCACUGGAACCACACAGGAUGUUAGAAAUGAACCUUUGCCUUUGUUGCAGUGUUCUGUUUCUCAUCCACUUCCACUGGGAGCUAACAAGAUUCUCUUCUUAUCCUGUUGUCCUUUUGCUAAUUGGAUGAAGCAGAACAGACUAGAAUCUAAUAAAUCUUCUGAAUGGACUUGACUGCUGUGGAAUACCAAUAGUGUGCUCUGGGUGCAGUUUAGAGAGACUUAAAUUCACUGGAGCAGAUCUGGACUAUUACCUAUGGGCUCUGAGGACAAUUUUCUCCGACUCCUCCGAGAUAAGAACUGUAUUUGGCAUUGAGGCUUUUUCGCCUCUUCUUCUUGAGGUCCUUUUUUUUAAGUCACCAGCGUGGGCUGAUAGUGUCACGGAAAAUGGGAGCUUCUUUGUUCAAGUGUUUUAUGUUCAUAAGUGAGCUGGCUCCGGCUGCCUUACUCCCUGUAUGUGCUCCUCUAUUAUUACCAUCGAGGCAAAAAGGUGUUUUUCAUGAACGCUCUUCCUUUGCUGCUUCCUUGUUUCACCACAAAUUUAACACGGUGUCUCUAAAAUGCCUUUCUAAUGAGACUGUGUUAUGUGUAAAUAUUUCAUUUUCAUUGCCUUUCUGUACUAUUUUGCCUUUUCUACCAAAGAGUCUCAAGAAAAACAUGGAAGUUGCACAUGUACAACCAGUCGGACGUUCAUUAUAGCUCUGCAUUUGACCCAUGUCAGCAACGCUUUGUGUCAAAUCAGCUUUUUUCAGGAACACCUAGCAUCACGCUUUUCUUGUUACAUUUGAGAUUGUUCAUAUUAAAUAUUUAUUUGCUUAAUGAAAGUGAAAUGUUGGUCCAAAGUGUUUUGUUUGCUUAAUGUGUACAGUAGUAUUAGCCUCCAUUUUCUUUGUUACUAUUUUUUCAUUGCCUUUUGAAUUGUGGAUGUUUUCAUUUUCUGUUUUGCCAAAGGUGUUUCUGUAUGUUUCAUGUUAAUGAACACCAAAAAUAAA